AUGGAAUAUUCAAAUUAUGUUGCAAAUGUUUUUGAGGGAGAAAAAAAGAACUGCAAGAAAAAAAAAUUCCGGAAAAGCAAAACUAGAAAUAAAAAGCUGAAACGGAAAUAA